AUGAUUGGUGUUUCGUUAAUGUGCACAGAAUUACAAUUAUCAUGGAGUGUUGAAAAUCAUUCAUUGGAAAUUAAUAAAUCAACAAAAAUAUUAAGAGCAAUCAUAUUCAUUUUAAAUUUAAUUUUAUGUACUCAGUUAGUUGAUUAUUAUUUAUUAUUAUUAUCAGAGGUAACACAUGAUUGGUUAACAAAGAGAGCAAGAGGAUUUAGGGUUACAAGAGUAAAUGUUUUAAAAUCAACUAAAUUAGGUCCAUUAUUUUGGUGUGAAAUAUUAGUUUGUUCAUUACAACCAUUACCAUUUGUAUCUGGUGAGAAUGCAUGGUAUAAAGAUUCCAAAUGGGGUUUAUUAAUGUGGUUAAGAUUAUAUUUAUUUUGUAGAAUUCUUCGUGAUUUCAGUCCAGUUUAUAAACUUAGAUUCCAUAUUCAAAAGCAGUUGUUACGUGAUGUAGCUCCAAAAUUCAAUUGGACACUAAGUUUAAAAUAUAUCAUUUCAAUAGCACCAAUUCUCACUUAUUUAACAUUCACAAUUUUCACAUUGGCUGUUACUGGUCAAUGGAUGUAUGUCUUUGAAAGGGAGAGAAAUGAACUAUUCACUUUUGCUGUUUCUGUCUAUAUCUCUUUUCUCUCUAUGAUCACUGGUUGGCCAACUGAUACCUAUGAUGAAUAUAAUCCACAAACUUUUGGUGGUAGAUUUGCUGCAAUUGUUGCAUGUAUUUUUGGUUUAUUAUUAUUAUCAUUUGUAAUUGAAAGUUUUGCAAGAUUAACUCAAGCAACGAGUCAUCAAAGACCAAUAUUAAAUUUAGUAUCAUUAGUUGAAGCACAAAAGAAAGAAAGAGAUUCAGCAGCUAGAUUAAUUCAAUUGGUUUGGAGAAGAUGGAGAUGGCAAUCUAGUAUGAGUAUAUCACAAAAUAGAUCAAUGUUUAAUAGUAAGGAAGCAUUGUUUUGUGUGAAAUAUAUCGAAUAUGCUAAAACUUUAAGUAGAAUGAGAAGAGAACGUAGAGCAAUUCAAUCUCAAUGUCAAGAUAGUCAACCAUCACAACAAAGUUCAAUCAUUGAAGAGAUUAAAUCAACUCUAUCCAAUUGUGAUGUUACAACGAUAACAAAAAGUGAUGACAAUGAUAAUAGUAGUAUUAAAAUCAUUGAAUCUUUACAACUUAAAAUUAAAUCACUUGAGGAUAAUCAAUCAAUUAUGUUGGCUCAAUUGAAUCAAUUAAUUCAAAUGCAACAAUUCCAAAUUCAAAUUCAACAAAAUCAACAUCAACAACAACAGGUUCAUUUACAACAACAACAACAACAACAACAUCAACAACAUGUUUUUAAUAAUGAAAAUCCACAAGCCCAAUCAUCUCCUCAACAACAACCACAACUUCAUGUUUUUAAUAAUGAAAAUCAAUUCACUUAA